AUGGCUGACCAGGCCAGAGCAGCAGGAACAGGAGCAGGAGCAAGGCGGGACAGGCCGCCUCCGCCCAUACCGCAGUCGCCCUUGAACACGGCCAACGUGCUGCCUUCCCGCAAGAUCGCAAACAUCUCAACUACGCCCAUCGAGGGCAGAGGCUCCGCCUUCGAUGAUGAGGAGCUCCUUGCUCGAACCCCUCCCGUCCCCCGCUCUCAGACACACACUCCCGGCCAGCUCUCGACCCGGACCCAGAUCCAAGACCGUCAACGCAGACCCUCUGAACUAUCCAAGGCCUCGGAAUUGUCCAUUCGCCAGCGCUCGCUCUCAACCGCUGUCAACGCAGCUAUCAACGCAGCCUCCUCCUUGAACGUCGCCCAGCCCAUCUACCCGCACGCCGUUCCUCUCCACAAAACAUCCACGCCGACGCCUUCCUCGACAGGUUACAGACAGCCGAGCACUGCUUUGCCCGAUAGUCGAGAUAGCAUACAAUCAUCCACGACCAUAAGCAGCGUCGCUACGGCACGAGAGCGCAAGGACUCGUCUGCCGGCAGCGGUAAGGAGACAUCGUCCAGGCGUCCGUCCGGCAUGCGCUCCACAUCGGCUAUCGCGAGCGGCCGCCCCGGCACCUCUACGGCUUCGUCAUCAGUCGUUGCUCGCGCGAGCGGCACUCGUGGUGCUCGACCCGGUGUCCAAAUGAUACAUCAUUCUCCGUUCCCGCCGCUGGUAGAUCCCAGGACCGCCCCGGAUGUGCCCCCGGCGCCGUCAUCCGGCAUGUACUGGAGCAAGGCGCCCGUAUCAGGGGCAUCACACACGGCGCUGCGUGCGCACACCACGACAUUGAUCGGAUCCAACGUCUACGUCUUUGGCGGGUGUGACUCGCGGACGUGCUUCAACUCGCUGUACGUGCUGGAUGCCGACGCCUUCUACUGGUCAGCUCCCCAGGUGGUGGGCGAGAUCCCGGUGCCGCUGCGCGCCAUGACGUGCACCGCCGUGGGCAAGAAGCUGAUUGUCUUUGGUGGCGGCGACGGGCCGAGCUACUACAACGAUGUCUACGUGCUGGACACGGUCAACUUCCGGUGGUCCAAGCCCCGCAUUCUCGGGAAGGACUUCCCCUCAAAGCGGCGGGCACACACAGCGUGUCUCUACAAGAAUGGCAUCUACAUGUUUGGCGGCGGUGACGGUGUCCGCGCGCUCAACGACAUUUGGCGGCUUGACGUGAGCGACAUUAACAAAAUGUCGUGGAAACUAAUAUCAGAAGGGUCACCGGGGCCAGACGAUCAGUCAUCGUCGUCAUCAUCAACAGGAGGCGGUGGGAAGAGCGAGGCACGAGCAUCAGGAACGUCCACUAGCGGUGGUGGCCAGGAUAUCCGUCCUAAGGCGCGCGGCUAUCACACCGCCAACAUGGUGGGCUCCAAGCUGAUCAUUUACGGAGGCUCCGACGGCGGUGAGUGCUUCAACGACGUCUGGGUCUACGACGUCGACACGCACAUGUGGAAGGCCGUCCAGAUCCCCAUCACGUACCGCCGGCUGUCGCACACGGCCACCAUCGUCGGCUCGUAUCUGUUUGUUAUUGGCGGCCACGACGGAAACGAGUACUCCAACGAGGUCCUCCUCCUGAACCUGGUGACCAUGUCGUGGGACAAGAGGCGGGUCUACGGCCUACCGCCCAGCGGGAGGGGAUAUCACGGCGCGGUGCUCUACGAUAGUCGUCUGCUGGUCAUUGGCGGAUUCGAUGGUGCUGAGGUCUUUGGUGACGUGUGGCUCCUCGAGCUGGCCGUUCAUGCUUAUUACUCGCAGAUCAGCCAUUUCACGAUCGAGGUUUAA